AUGAUCGCCAGCCCUCUAAACGUGAUCCUCAGCGUGGGAAUCGGGGCAAUGGUGCUGUAUGCCAUGGUCCUGCUUGCUCGCAGAAGGGUUCAUGGGCCACUACCCCCUGGCCCGCCGGGAAAACCAAUUCUGGGUAAUAUUUAUGAUCUGCCGCCUCCAGGGGCGCAAGAUUGGAUGCAUUGGUUGAAAUUCAAAGAUCGUUACGGACAAAUCAGUUCUAUCUCUGUCAUGGGCCAGACCAUCGUGAUUUUGAAUCAUCAUCAAAUUGCGAUGGAAUUGCUGGGUAAGCGGUCCGCAAUAUAUUCCUCGCGGCCGAAUCUCGUAUUUGCGUCACAGAUGGUGGGUUGGGAGCAUAUUCUGGCAAUGCAAACUUACUCCGACCGGUUACGUGCCUAUCGCAAAGCAAUGCAGCCAUAUCUCGGCUCGGAGACUGCUGUGUCUCAAUAUAAUGAAUUGCAAGAGGUGGAGAGCCAUCGAUUUUUAUUACGUGUACUAAAAGAUCCGAAGAAUUUGAUCCAGCAUAUUUCAACGGAGGCGGGUGCAGUCAUUCUCAAGAUAGCAUAUGGCUAUACCAUUGAACCAGACAAGAUGGACCCAUUGGUUCAUAUUGCAAAAAUGGCACUUGAGCAAUUUUCUGUCGCUGGAACUCCGGGUGCCUGGUUGGUGGACGUAUUUCCGGCCUUGAGAUACAUCCCCUCUUGGUUCCCUGGGGCCGGAUUCAAGCGAACUGCGCAAGUUUGGAAACAAAAUCUUCAGCAUGUUGCUGAUAAGCCUUAUGCCUUUGUGCGACAGCGAAUGGAAAGUGGCAACUAUGAUCCGUCUUAUCUGUCCAACCUAUUUGAAGCAGGCGGAUACCCACCAAAUGGAACAGAAGAAGAAAUGAUUGCGAAAUGGACAGCCGCAUCGUUAUAUACAGGCGGCGCUGACACGACCGUCUCUUCUGUUCAGACCUUUUUCCUGGCCAUGACCCUUUACCCAGAGGUACAACGUAAAGCACAAGAGGAGAUUGACCGAAUUUUGGGCGGUGCUCGACUGCCCACGGUGGUCGAUCGUGCAAGCCUCCCUUACGUCGAUGCUGUAGUGAAGGAGACCCUUCGAUGGCAUCCUGUAGCGCCAAUGGGGAUUCCACACAUGUCAGUCAAGGAUGACAUGUAUGAAGGUCAUCUUAUUCCUGAGGGGUCCUUGGUUUUGGCCAACAUCUGGGCCUUUGCGCACGAUACCGAAGUCUAUCAUGAGCCAAUGAAGUUUAAGCCUGAGCGCUUUUUGAAUGUUGAUGGCCGGGAGCCUGAAUUGGACCCGCGUACCUUCGUCUUUGGGUUCGGUCGGCGCAUAUGCCCUGGUCGCAUUUUGGCCGACUAUGCCCUUUACUUGAUUAUCUCCCGGUCACUGGCAGUGUUUGAUGUCAGAAAAGAGGUCAGAAAUGGUCACGAGGUACAUGUUGAGCCUGAGUUCAGACCUGGGGUGAUUAGCCAUCCGCUUUCUUGGGAGUUCAAUAUCAAACCCCGAUCGGCCAGCUGUGAAGCGCUGAUCAGAUCAGUGGAAGAAACCAACCCUUGGAGGGGAAGCGAUGCAGCUGCCCUGGAUACUUCCUGA